AUGUCGUCCGGCACCCUCCAUAUCGUGGACUCGCGUACCAGUGCAAAAUACCAAAUUCCCAUCAAAAGAAAUGCCGUCUCGGCGCUAGAUCUCAAGAGGAUCCGAGGACCCAAAGACGGAGGGGACAGGGCCAACCAUGUCUCUGGUGGACUCCGUGUUCACGAUCCAGGACUGCAGAAUACGGCCGUUGUUGAGACAGCGAUCAGUUUCUCGGACCAUGAUCGAGGGCUACUGCUCUUUCGAGGAUACAGUCUGGAGCAGCUCUGGCACAGCGACUUCGAAGACAUGCUCCAUCUCCUUGUGUGGGGGACAUAUCCCACCCGGACAGCCCGCGAAGGCCUCCGUCGCGAAUUGGCGCAACAUAUGCGAUCUGUGCCGUCUACGGUGCAGAGGACUGUGGAAAGCUUUCCGAAAACUGCCCCUCCAUUGGCUCUAUUACUGGCAGGCCUCGCUGCCUGUCUCGCUGCCAUUCCAGAAACGAUCCCCGCAUCCACCGACGCAAACCUAUACCAGGGAAAUCCGGAGAACGUGGACCGGGCCAUCAUUCGGACGGUGGCACAAUACGCCGUGAUCUUUGGCCUAGUCAGCAGUCAUCGCAAGGGAGUUCCAUUUACGCCACCGUCUGCGGACAGGAGCUACUGCGAGAAUAUAUUCACUAUGGCCGGGAUGGUCGAUCCAUCCACGUGCCGUCCAAGCCCUAUCCACGUCUCCUGCUUCCGACGCUUUGCGAUGCUCAACGCCGACCACGGCAUGGCACUCUCGGUUUUUUCUGCCCUGGUUACCGCAUCCUCCCUGACAGACCCUCUAUCGUGUUUAAUGACGGCUGUAGCAUCCGCCUACGGCCCCCUCCAUUUCGGGGCCACUGAGUCUGCCCAGCGCGCUCUCCGUGAGAUCAAGUCCCCAGACCAGGUCCCGACGUUUAUCGACGAGGUGAAGGAGGGCAAAAGAAAGCUCUUCGGGUACGGGCAUCGGUCUUACAAGGGUAUCGAUCCGCGUGUGCGGCCCAUUCAGUCCAUCUUGCAGGACCUAGACCCGUCGUCGAACCCGCUGCUAGAAAUUGCCGAGCGAAUCGAGCGGGUAGCCUCCCAGGAUGGGUACUUCCUAACCCGGGGAUUGUACCCUAAUGCGGACUUCUACGGGAACUUUGUGUUUACCGGGAUGGGCUUUGAGCCUGAAAUCAUCCCGGCUGCCAUGUUGGCACAGCGGAUCAUGGGCAUCAUGGCCCAUUGGCGGGAGUAUAUGCUGACACGCGGCAAGUUGUUUCGACCGUUGCAUCUCUACACGGGGGAUACGGGGGAGAAGGCCCUUCCUCGGUUCACAUCCACCAUGGCUCCAUCCCCAACCACAGAAACCACCCCUCUUCUUCCCCCGUCCAAAUCACCCUAUUCCACCUUCACGACUGCCCAAAAGCGCCUCAUUAUCCUCACAGCUGCUCUGGCAUCCACCUUCUCGCCCUUCUCCGCCAACAUCUACUAUCCCGCCCUCAACUCCAUCGCCGCCGAUCUCCAUGUCACUAUCUCGCAGGUCAACCUGACCAUUACGACGUACAUGAUAUGUCAAGCCCUAGCUCCAACGCUAACCGGCUCCCUAGCCGACCAAACCGGCCGGCGCCCAGCAUACCUCCUCUGCUUUAUCAUCUACAUUGCCGGCAAUAUCGCCCUCGCCCUGCAGCACAGCUAUAUCGCACUACUCAUCCUGCGUGCCGUCCAAAGCUGCGGCAGCAGCGGAACCGUCGCCCUAGCAUCCGCCGUCGCCGCGGAUGUAAUCACCUCCGCCGACCGCGGCACAUACAUGGGCAUCGCCUCGCUGGGCAACAUCCUAGCGCCGUCGCUCGGUCCCAUCCUCGGCGGCCUCCUCAGCCAAAGACGACUCUCCCUCCCCAACCCACUCGCGAGUCUCCGUCUCUUGACUCAUCUUCCGACGAGCCCUUUGCUUCUCGCCAACGGCCUCGUAUUCGCCAGCUACUACGCCGUCACAGCUGGUCUGCCUGCCCAGCUGAAAGACCUCUACGGACUUGAUGACAUGGCUAUCGGACUUAGCUUCAUUCCUGCUGGGGUGGGCUCUCUCGCCAGCGCUACGCUCAACGGAUUCAUCGUCGAUUGGAAGUAUUGCCGUGCGAAGGCGAGAGCUGAUAUGGCCCGUUCUAGCACCACUCCAAAGACUGGCAGGAACCAUCACCGCAGCAGCACCAGCAAUAACCCAAAGACAAAGAGCUUCUCGAAUCUCCAAGGAGAAUUCGACAUCGAGAAAGUCCGAUUAUCAAUCGGCACGCUUAUGACUGUUCUGGCAGCAACCGCAAUCCUCACCUACGCAUUCCUCCUCUCCCUCCACCCUCCCCUUCCCAUCAUCCUCCUCCUUCUUUUUAUCAUCUCCUUCUUCAUAACAGCCGCCUACAACAUCAUGAACAUCCUCCUCGUAGACCUCUACUACUCCACCCCAGCCACCGCCAUGGCAGCCAACAAUCUCGUGCGCUGCUUCCUCGGCGCCGCCGCCACGGCCCUCGUGCACCCGCUUGUCGUCCGCUGGGGGCACCGCGUCACGUACGCUGCUGUCGCGGGUCUGAUUUUUGCUGUUGUUCUUCCACUUUUGGGGGCUACCCCUGCCCUCCUGCCUCUCCCCUCAGAAGCUAUCACCCUCCAGCUUCGAUACCCCUCCACGCAAUGGGUGACCCCCGGCGAUACGCUCUUGAUCCCAGAAACCCACCCCCUACCUAUAAUUAGCACGCACGGCCUGGACCCCGAGUCCAAAUACCUGCUGCUCUUCGUAGACCUUGACGUCAUCUAUGGCUCGCUCUCCACCGUUGUACUGCACUGGUACCAGCCCGGAAUGGAAGCAUCCCCGAUCGCGGAGCCCGGCCCGGAUCGAUAUCGUGCUCCGGGAACUGUGCUCCAACCACCACCACCGCAUCGUGGUGUGCUCGUGAACAGGACGUCGGGUGCUGAAUAUAUUGCCCCCCAGCCGCCACAGGGCCAGAACCAUCAUCGAUACGUGUAUCUGCUCUUCCGGCAGCCCACGGCGUACACUUUACCUGGGUGUUUCGCGCAUAUCUUCCCGCCUACCCUCGAGGCAAGGGUGGGGUUCGAUGUGCGCCAGUUUGUCGACGUGGCGGGCCUGGACGCACCCGUGGCGGCGAGCUAUUUCUUCGUCGAGAGGGACGAGCCCGUGUCCGGGACGCCCACGGUGACGGUGACGGCAACGACGACGGGAACCCGGUCUCCUCCUCUGACGAGUCCAACGACAACGUGGCUGAGACCCGCCCCAUGUGAGACUGCUACCUCCGCCCGUUCAUUGGAGAGGAUGACAGAGGAACGGUUGGGGCCCGUGGUUGGGUGUCAUGUUGCACGGGCGAUGUGA